AUGCAAACGAAUUCGACACCAUACGCAGAGAAACUUUACAGUGAGAUGACAACAAAAUUCCCAGAACUAAGAAUCAAAACCGUUCAGAACAUCCUGGAUCAAAGAAGACAACUCUUUAUAAAAAACAGAUUAGAUCAACAAGUAAUAAGGAAUAUCAGAGCCGAAGUAGAGCUAGAAUUAGGAAUCACCCCAACUCAGGAGGUAGAGCCGGACGGUAGGAAUAGACACCCACCACAAAACGCAGAACUAUCAGCGGAAGACCAGGAAGCCCUAGACGCCUUAAAAGAAGCUCUAGACAAAUACUCUGGAAUGGAUCCUGCAUCAAGACCAAAUAUUCCAAAAAUUAGGAAUGACCGCGCUGAUGAGACAAACGUCCACCUUCAGAAGAACACGAAGGGCGAAGCUGGUUGCUGUCACUACUCUACGACCUCCUACAACCACCAGGACUCUAAGCGAUCACCAGGGACGGUACUAUUUUCACACGAGUUACCGGGUGCAAUACCACCUCAGCACCGUUUGGACAAGGAAAGACCAAAAUCACCACACUCCUGA